AUGGCUAAACACACCAAGAAAGCUGAGAUUGUCGGGAAAUAUGGGACCUGUGGUGAUGCCUCCCUCUGGAAAAUGGCGAAGAAAAUUGAAAUCAGCCAGCAUGCCAAGUACAUUUGCUCCUUCUGUGGCAAGACCAAGAUGAAGAGACGAGCCAUUGGCAUCUGGCACUGUGGUUUCUGCAUGAAACAGUGGCUGGUGGGGCAAACAGUGGCUGGUGGGGCCUGGACCUGCAGCUUCGUUUCUGUAGUUACAGUAAAGUCGGCCAUCAGAAGGUUGAAGGAACAGAAAGACCAGUAG